GGAACACCAGUUUGAAUGGGACGGCUGUCGUUUACCCAAGGAUUUGUUGCAAAAGUUCCAAUUGCAGUCGGAUCAUUUUCCUUUUCACAAUGUUCGGUGGAGGUGGCGGCGGCUUCGAAAGUUUCUUCGGCGGCGGAGACCCCCGCGGUGGCGGCGCGUCCAAGGCCGCGGACAACAGUGCUUACUACGAGACAUUGGGAGUGCCCAAGACGGCCAGUGCCGCCGAUAUCAAGAAGGCGUACCGCAAGCUUGCCUUGAAGAACCACCCUGACAAGGGAGGUGACCCCGAACUCUUCAAGGACAUCACCGUCGCAUACGAAGUGCUCUCGGAUCCUGAAAAGCGUGAGCUGUACGACAAGUAUGGCGAAGAAGGUUUGCAGCAAGGUGGCGGUGGUGGCCAUCCUGGUGCCGACAUCUUUUCCCAAAUGUUCGGAGGUGGUGGUGGACGUCCCCGCGGCCCCCAACGCGGUGAAGACUUGACCCAUCCGUUGAAGGUCUCGCUGGAAGACUUGUACAAUGGCAAGACGGUCAAACUGGCUGUGAACCGCGACGUCUUGUGCGGCGGAUGUGCUGGCCGCGGCGGCCCCGAAGGUGCGGAAACCUCGUGUGGCACGUGCAACGGUCGCGGCAUGCGAAUCCAGCACCGUCAGAUCGCUCCGGGCAUGGUCCAACAAGUCCAGUCUGUAUGUCCCGACUGCCGCGGUCAAGGCAAGUCGAUCCGCGAAUCGGAUCGAUGCAAGGUGUGCAGAGGCAACAAAGUGACCAAGGAGCGCAAGGUGCUCGAAGUGCACAUCGAGAAGGGCAUGCGCAACGGCCAGCGCAUCACGUUCAAGGGCGAGGCCGACCAAGCGCCAGGGCUGGUGGCCGGCGACAUUGUGUUUGUCGUCCAAGAGAAGGAGCACCCGGUGUUCCAGCGCAAGGGCGGCAACCUCAUCUUCGAGAAGAAGAUCUCGCUCGUAGAAGCACUCACGGGCUUUGAAACGAUUGUGGAACACUUGGACGGCCGCCACUUGCACGUGAAGACAGUUGCCGGGGACGUGAUCAAGCCCAACCAGUUCAAGGCCGUGCAUGGCGAAGGCAUGCCGCAGCACGGCAACCCGUACGUGAAGGGGCAGCUGGUGAUCCUCUUCAAGGUCGAAUUCCCCAACCAAGUGACCCCGGCCCAAGCCGCGGCGCUCAAGACUUUGUUCCCGGCGCCGCCUCGGUUGGGGCACGUGACGGAUGCCGAGGAAGCGUUUUUGUCCGACUUCGACGCCGAGGCCGCCAAGCACCAAGCGUCGCAAGAAGCAUACGACUCGGACGACGACCGGGGGCAGCGGGGAGGCCCCGGCGGCGUCCAAUGCCAGCAGCAAUAACGACAUAUCUAACAAUUCUAUCACUUCGAACCAUCAGUCGUAGUCCACACUAACGUUAUCGAUGCACAUGGAAUGAAACUUUACGAAAUGAGCUACACACUUCCCUUGGUGGGCUUGACCAGCAGGUCCCUGUGACUGCUGUUAAAGUACACGUCUUCAUCGGCGUAUUCGUCGUGGGAGGGGUUGGCGGCGGUGAAGUCGGCGCAGCGAACUGACCCGAAGUGGCCCCGCGGCUCGACCUCGUCCAGGUCUUUGCUCUGGUCUGCCGCCGCCUUCUUCUUCGGCUUCUUGGGAUGGCGGGACUCGAGCACCGCCGACUCGUCUGCACCUCCGAAGCGACCUCGCGGGACCAAGUUCUCGGUGGCGUCGGGGUUGCCCCGUCGAAUGGACUUGAAUUGGGCGUUGAAUGCGAUGGACACCACGAACAACACGGCGCUGAGGAAGGCAAACACGACCGCGACCUGGAAGUUCGUGCACUUUUGGUACUUGGACGGUGAGCAGUCCAUGCUCGGUGCCGUCACGCAUGCCACGACGACGAAAAGACUCGCGAGAAACGCAUCUGCGCACCGCUCCAAGAGCGCGUCCGUCUUGAUCCGCGACAGGAUGACUUCAAACACCACCUGGAUCACCCCGUACGCGAUGCUCAAGGACGCGGCAAUGGCGAGGAAGAAGUGAGACAAGUUGACGGCGAUGUACUCCUUCGAGUCCACGUUAUUCGCUAUGUCAGAGAGCACGACCGGGCGAUACGUGGACAGAAGACAGAUGAGGAUGAUGGCGCCACUGACUCCUUGGAGGACCCGCAGAAGCAUGCUGAUCUGCGCAAUCUUGGCCGACUGCACCCGACUCAUGUCGUUG